AACCAUGGUUUUGGAUAGGACCCUUUGUUCGCUUCAUCAGUAAAGACCAAAGCUUGAUGAUAAGAAGGCUCUCGGAGAAAUGGCUUCUUCAAUAUUAUCUUUACAAACCAGCAAUUUGAGGUCUGCGUUUUUGGGAGAGAAGAAUGGGUUCUGUGUUCCAAACGUUCCGAUAUCUCGAGUUUCUGUAGUGAGGAAAGCUGUUGAGUGUAAGGAAUCGAGAAUAGGGAAGCAGCCAAUACCGAUUCCGGCCAAUGUGACGAUUACGUUGGAGGGCCAGGACUUGAAAGUGAAGGGUCCUUUGGGGGAAAUGGCAUUGACCUAUCCGUGGGAAGUAAAGGUCGACCGCGAGGAAUCCGGGGCCCUAAGGGUCCGAAAGUCAGUGGAGACAAGGAGAGCCAACCAAAUGCAUGGACUUUUCAGGACUCUUACUGACAACAUGGUGGUGGGAGUAUCAAAGGGUUUUGAGAAGAGACUUCAACUAAUCGGUGUUGGAUAUCGUGCAACAGUUGAAGGAAAAGACUUAGUGUUGAAUCUCGGCUUUUCCCAUCCGGUCAGGAUGGCAAUCCCCGACGACCUUAAAGUGAAGGUGGAAGAAAACACGCGAGUCAUCGUAAGCGGGUACGACAAGAGCAACAUCGGUCAAUUCGCUGCAUCCGUUAGAAAAUGGAGACCCCCGGAACCAUAUAAAGGAAAGGGUGUGAAAUACGCGGACGAGGUCGUUAGACGAAAGGAGGGCAAAGCAGGGAAGAAGAAGUAAAACGGUGAUGUUAUCUUGUUUCUCAUUUAUCCUCUCGUUUUCAACUAUGAAUCUGUAAUGAAACAUACAUUAUCAUGUUGCUAGUGGAAAACUAUUUCACCAUUAAUGAAGACUUGAUUCUUUUUGUCCGUU